AUGAUCGGUGCAUUUGCUGCUUUGUGGGUUCCUAGCGUUACCAAAUCUCACUGAAAAUAUUGUACAUAUCUGAUGUUAGCUGUUUUAUUUUUUUCAUAUAAAUAAUAGUUUUCCUUAAUUUAUACUCGACCCCACAGGCUUGUUUUUAUCAAGCUAUGUUUUAUCAUUAAUGUCAAAGUAAAGGCCUUCUUUAUUUUAAUUUUUUUUUCUUCCUCUACCUUUUGUGUUGAAGUGAGGUAUGUAAAUCAGUCUCGCAAAUUAAAUUGACUUGGUGUUAAUCAUUCAUUAUCUUUCUUGAAGCUCUUUUGGUACAACUGUGUUGAUAUGAACAGUCAUUUCACCCCAAGGUAGUUCAGGUAACGUUACCACACCGAUAGGCUCUCAUACGCGUUAUUCUUCUCCGAAAAAAAAACUUAUUUAACUUUAUCGCUGUCGUUAUGACAAAUGAUACGGCAGCCAUUGCAGUUUUGUGCCUUCUUGGUUUUCUUUCCUUCACUGUUUUUAUUUCUAACACUUUCACUGUGUUUGUUUUCUGGAUUCAUCGAAAGAAACUAACGCGAACAAGCUUUCUAGUAAUCAACCUAGCUGUGGCGGACCUUUUCUCUGGGCUCACAGAAAUAAUAGAGGUCGCUGGUGGAUGGACUUUAGCAAGCCAAAUUGGCUCCAACAAAACAAUCCAAGGAGUCAAUGGAAGCAUUCCGCCUUCUUUACAAAUUGUAUUCUCUUUCGCAUCUGUAUUAUUUCUCGUUCUGAUUUCUCUGGAACGAGUCUUUGCUUUGAUCUGGCCGCUUCGUCAU